AUGCUUUCCCGUUUGUCGCACAAGGAAAUUCUGCAACUUGCUAAGAGAGCUGUUAUUCCGCCACUCAAGCCUGAGUUCCACAAGGGCCAAUGUGGCCGAGUGUGUGUUAUAGGCGGAUGCGAGGACUAUACUGGCGCUCCAUACUUCAGUGCGCAUUCAGCAGCGUUGUUUGGCGCUGAUUUGACUCAUUUAAUGUGCGAAUUGAAUGCUGCUCCUGUGAUCAAGAGCUACACACCCAAUUUGAUGGUACACCCCUAUCUGCGAGAAGCUGGGUCCGGCAAUGCGCCAAUGAGUAAAAUUCAUAGCUUGCUGGAUCGCAUGCACGUUUGCGUUGUGGGUCCAGGUCUUGGCAGGGACAAAAAUAUGCUUGAUUCCGUGGUCUCUAUUUUGGAGUAUCUGGCUACUGAGCACAAGGGCGAAAUCCCCGUGGUGCUGGAUGCAGACGGACUCUUUUUGAUCUCUGACGAAAGCUACUCGGGCAAAGUGUGUGAUAUUUUGCGUGCAUUCAAGCCUGGCAGAAUAAUUCUAACUCCCAACGUGGUAGAGUUCAAGCGCAUCUUGGACCGAUUUGGUUUCGAAUCUGGUGCAGAGAUAGCGCGCGAACUGCAGUGUGUGGUUUUGCAGAAAGGUAGCGAGGAUCAAAUAUGGUAUGAUGACACGGUGCUGAAAUGCUCAAUUCAAGGCAGCAACAAGCGGGUCGGUGGACAAGGUGAUACCUUGACGGGUGUGAUUGCCACGAUGUUGGCUUUCAGUCGGGCCACACACGAUUUCAAAAUCUGGGACCCUAACCAAAAGUUGGAAUGGCUUGAUAUGGUGGUUACGAGUUGUUAUGUUGGCAGCGCCAUUACCCGUGAAUGUUCUCGUUUGGCGUUCCAGAAGCAUGGCAGAUCAAUGCAGACCACGGAUGUAAAUGAUAGGGUAGGCGACGCUUACGAUCUUCUAUUGGGCGGAGAGAACUAA